UUGACCUGUUUUCUGGACUCCCUACUUCUCGGCGUCAAGCUCUUCGUAGUUCACAGUUCCCUGAUUCUCUAAUCUCGACAGCGGCUGCCACGUUAAAAGUUGGGGGAUCCAUGGCUUCUAAAAUGGAAACCGAGAAUUCUACCGAUGCUUCUCCGUCCUCGCCAAAGAAUAUAUACAAAGAUCCAGAUGACGGCCGGCAGCGAUUUUUACUUGAGUUGGAAUUUGUUCAAUGCCUUGCUAAUCCCACCUACAUUCACUAUUUAGCUCAGAAUCGAUAUUUUGAAGAUGAAGCAUUCAUUGGAUACUUGAAGUACCUUCAAUAUUGGCAACGACCUGAAUACAUCAAGUUUAUUAUGUAUCCUCACUGCCUUUUCUUUCUUGAACUUCUUCAGAAUGCAAAUUUUCGAAAUGCAAUGGCGCAUCCUGGUAAUAAGGAACUUGCACAUAGACAACAAUUCUACUUCUGGAAGAACUAUAGGAACAAUCGAUUAAAACACAUUUUACCCAGGUCACUUCCUGAAUCUAGCACCACGCCUGCACCUCCUGCGGCUGCCUCGACUCUGUCUCAGCUGCCGGUGCCUGCUCUGCCAGCAGUACCGGCUGCAAAUGCUCCAGUGACGAUAUCAUCUGCUCAGGCUCUUUCUCCAAUGCCAUAUGGUAUGCCGCCUGGAUCCUCCCUUGCAAAAAAUGAUAUGAGGAAUCCUGCACUUGAUCGGAGGAAGAGAAAGUAAAAUAUUUAUUUCAUUCAUGAAAUUACUCUCUUCUUUGAGAGGAACACAAUACCCUUUUAAUGUUUCUCAGAUUUGUGAUAGAACAGUUGUUCUUUAACUUGUGUGCCCACCGGAUAUUAGAGGAUCUGAUAUGUAAAUAGAUUAAAAAAAAAAAGAUUUCAAAAUCAUAAAAAGUAACUUUUAAACUUCAAUUCUUCAUGUUUUGGAAUUAUAGUUUCUAUUUUUUGAUUUUUCAUGUUAUGUACUAGCUUGUCAACCCUUCUAUGCAUUUACUGAGAAAAGUAUUCA